AUGCGUCGUGGACUUUCUUGGUCGCUGCCUCUUGUGCUAGCGCUUCUUUGUUUUCCUUUAGCUUUCUGCACCAAGGAUGCACCAGUAGUGGCAUUCUUGGCUCCUGGCUCCACUAAUAACAUGCUGGACGCUCAGCCGGCGGACAAACUCCAUACCCGUGGUCCUUACUUGUCGGCAAAGGAUGCUGUUGAGCGCCUUACACUUCAGCGCCGCAUGGAUGGCAAGCCGGCUCUUUGUGAUCUUGAUGCGCUUGUGCAUGUUGAAGUAGACUCGCUGGAUCAUGAAAGUUUUGCUCCGCUGCAACUCACCUCCCCGCUCAGGAAGCGCAUGUUGGUGGCGCCUUCGCAACUUGUGCUAUCGUCUGUGGACCAGUCUGUAUUUUCAUUCUAUGAUGAACUUGAGAGCGCAUUGACUGCUCUCUGUGAUUCAACAAGCACGCUUAAAGACCGUAUCUUCCCGAUCCGUUUCCCAAGCGUGGACGGACAUGACUCUGACAUUAUGACGCAUAUUGAACACAUCGACUCGAAAUACCCGAACAAUGCCGUCGUUGUGUCGCACACGUCACAGCAGCCCAAGACCAAACGUGCUGUACCUCUGAACGGGAACGUGGCUUUUUCCAAAGGUUCCUUCCUCAGGCGCAACCAACUCUUUUCCCCAUCUACAGUCCUAUCGAUUGGUGUUGUGGCUUUCCUGCUCUUCUGUACCAUCAUUGCUGUGCAUAUGAUCAGUACAACAGAGGCGCCCGAUAGACUGGGAACGAUCUCGCGCACAGCGGCAUACUCCAAGAAGCGUAAUUAG